CCCUACUGUGCUCGGCCUGUGCUGUGUGGCUGAAAAGGUGCCGUUCUGAGAGAAGGCGUUUUGUCACUCGCAGGCAUUACCAAGAGUUUUUUAAAGAAAUCAACGCAACAUGGUGCGAACGAAGGCAGACGGUGCCAGCCGAGCUGUUGGUGCGAAGUCCUUCAGGAAAAGCCUGAGCAGUCCCGGAGGUGCCUCCAGUUCGAGCUCGCCAGGGUCUCGCAAGACGAAGGGAGACAAGUAUGGAGGUGGAAACUCCUACUGCCCCCGGCCAACACCUUCCUGGCAGAAAGAAAUUUCGAAGUUCCUGGUAAAGGCAAACACACCUGACACAGCGUCGACUUCAGACGCAUCUGACAGCGGUGCAUGUGGCAGCUCAUCUUCAUAGUUACUGGCUGUCGCACUUUCGUUUUUACUUACCGAGUGACAUCCCUCAUUUUAAAAGUGCUGUAUAUAUGCAUGCUUUGCAAUGUGAAUAAAGAGACAACUUGAGGCUUCUGCAA